AUGUCCUACGGCAUGCAGGCGACAGGAGCCGGAAAGAGAAUGGAGUGCUUGACUGGUGGCGCGCAAGCUACGUCCCGUUGCUUGUGGGUGCUAUAUCCGGGUCCCAGCAGGCGUAUCCCGCUCUCUGUCUCUAGCACGAAGGAAGAAACUGAGUGUUAUGACACCAAUAUCAAAGCUAUCCACGGCGCGACUGAAACAUAG